UGAUUCUCUCUCUUUGUUUUUCUUUUAUCUAUGGAAUACGUAGGAAGACUGGGUAGUCUAUUGACUUCAGUACAAAGCUUCUAUAAUGAAAUCAACCCUGCCACUUUGUCAGGUGCUAUUGAUAUUGUUGUAGUAGAACAAGAAGAUGGUGACUUGGCAUGUUCACCAUUUCAUGUACGCUUUGGUAAACUGUCUGUGCUUAUGCCUCAAGAAAAAAAAGUACAAAUCAAAAUCAAUGGUCAAGUCGUGCCCUAUGUCAUGAAAGUAGGUGAGGCAGGUGAAGCCUUUUUUGUGUUUGAGACAGAACAUGAAGUACCCGAAGAAUUUCAGACAAGUCCUAUCAUGGAGGCCACAUUGAUAGAGAAACAAGAUGAAGACCCUCCUUAUCUUGAUCUUGGUGAAUCUAAAGAAGAUACAACAAUUGACACCAAGGACACAUUUGAAGACGAAGAGAAACACAGGUUACCAGCUGAACUUCAGUCGCCUAAAAUGAUCAUUGAAGAACAGAUGGACAAAGUUGUCACCAAGAUGGAUGUGUAUGAAGAAGAGAAUCAACCCAAGAACGAUAUCCUGAUUGAAGAAGGUGGGUCUGUGAUUGACCGGAUUAUACCAGAAGCCAUUACUACCACCACCAUUGCCAGAGAAAGGUUUAUUGUGCGACCAGCCCAUGGGGAUAUUUACAGCACCGUCAUGGAUGUUACACAUGCUGUGGUGCAUACAGAACAUCAGGAUUUGGCAAUUGAUACAGAAGGUCAUGGUAAAGGAGAUGAAUCCAUUGUAUUGGAUAUUGCUGGUUACAAGACAGGUAAAAACAAUGGAGAAGAAGAAGACGACGACGACGAUGAUGAUUGGGAAAAAGCGAACCAACUCAAGUUAAAUAAAGAAGAACAAGCAUUGGAACAACAAGUGAUAGAAAAGUUAUUGUUGGACAACCAUAAAGACCAGAUAGUUGAGUCCCCUGUCAGUACACCCAAAGAAGAAGAAGAAGAAGAAGAAGUGGUCAACCAAGAAGAAAAGAGCUUAUGGGGAUGGGGUACACGUAGAAGAGCCACCCAGGAUUCAGAACCCACUUCUCCAAAACCCUCUGCAGAAGACAGUAUCGAACUCAAGUCAGGUGAAACCUACCGUAUCGAAAUGAGUUUAUGUGGAUUCUCGGCCUUUGGUAGAGAUGAAGUCGAAAAUGGACAUGUCUUUGAUCAACAUAUUGUGACCUAUGACAACUUUACCCAUAAUCCCAACAUCCUGAACGACAAACGAUUGGUGUUUCGAUUCAAGAAGCGAUAUUAUGCAGCAGGUCGCACAGGCCCUUUGUUCACUUCUCUAUUGUUGUUCAAGAAACCAUUAGAAGACACAACCGAAGAGAGUUCAGACAGCAGAGAAACCUAUCAGUUUGGUAAAGGAUGGCGACAAUGGCUCAGUCGGUCUUCUGUAGCUGCUCCUGUGAAUGAAGAAAAAGUAGAAAAAGAAAAGACACUGGAUGAAUCGAAAGAGACAACGACUUUCACUACCACUACCACUACCACCUCCGUAGGCUGGUCUGCUGAUCAUGUACACCCAGAAGAAAUGGCUGAUAUUCCUUCAGGUCCUCGUAAAGUGUAUGCCAAGACAUUGCGUCUUACUUCAGAUCAACUCAAGAGCCUGAACCUCAAAAAGGGGAUGAAUACCAUCACUUUCUCUGUCAGUAGUGCUUAUCAAGGCACAGCAACAUGUGCAGCCAAGAUCUUUUACUGGCAUCAUGAUAUUCAGAUUGUCAUUUCAGAUAUUGAUGGUACCAUCACUAAAUCAGACACACUAGGCCAUGUGUUUACCAUGAUUGGCAAGGAUUGGACACAUAUGGGUGUAGCCAAACUCUAUACUGACAUUGCCAACAAUGGCUAUCAUUUCCUCUAUUUGACCAGUAGAGCCAUUGGUCAAGCAGACUAUACAAGAGACUAUCUAAAGAAAGUAGUGCAAGAUAAGUACCAGUUACCUGAUGGACCUGUCAUCAUGUCGCCUGAUAGACUGUUUCGAAGUUUCCAUCGUGAAGUCAUCAUGCGCAAACCAGAAGUGUUCAAGAUGGCCUGUCUGAAAGAUAUCCAGCGCCUGUUUGGUGGUCGAGAUCCGUUUUAUGCAGGCUUUGGUAAUCGUAUUACGGAUGCGCGUUCGUAUCGCUCUGUCAAUGUGCCUACGUCACGUAUUUUUACAAUUGACCCUUAUGGUGAUCUGAAGCUGGAAUUGCUGCUUGGAUUCAAGUCGUCUUAUAUUCACCUGAAUGACUUGGUCGAUCAAAUCUUCCCUCCUAUCAACCGUGUGAUAGAUGAAGAGUUCAAUGACUGGAACUAUUGGAAGGCUCCUGUGGCAGACAUUGAAAUUCCAGAACUCGAUAUCCUUCCUGAACCUUCCUCACCUAAGCCAAAGCCUAUUAAGCCAGAUGUAUCUGCCUUACCUCCAGGAUCCGUGGUUGCCUCUUCAAGUCAUUCGACACGAAGUCUACUUAGAAGUCUGACGUCAAGAUCAGACAGUAGUUCUAGUCUUCAGAAGGCACCAUCAAGCUCAAGUUUAAAGACUAAUCGCAAAAUAUCUAUCUCUAGUAACACAAGUGGUGAUGAAGCACUUGAACAAUCCGUGGAUCCCAAGAUACUGAGUACAAGUCCUACCUCCACAUCCAUCAUGAACAAGAUGCGAUCGACCCUGACACGUACUUUCCUAUCUUCCAGUGAACACAAGCCUGAUGAAAUACAAAAAUCCGAUGCUCAAAAGCCCCAUGAAUUAGAUGAGCAAGCAUCCAAGCACAUUCAAGAAGAUGUAGAUUCAUUAUUAGACAAUGAUCUUGACAUGGAUGACAUUCCAUUUAUUUAAUAUAUAAUAAAACUUAUUGUUUUUGCUUCCAUGCGAGAUAGUCUAAUGAAUGGACUGGUUUUGUAUCAGGCAUUUUAUUCAAUGGAGGUCCUGCAAACCAAAGAAUAGGUCCAUCAUGGUGUCGUUUAAGACGUUCAUCAAGCUUUAACUCUUCUUCUUUUUUAUCUGGUGAUGAAAGAGAGGGUUGAUGUAUUGUUUGAAAAGGUAAUGAAGUACCAUAAGAAGGAUGUUGUUGUGCCAUGAAUAAAAAUAAAAAUAAAAAA